AGCCACAUCUCCUGGUCUCUCUCAUAGCCAGUGCUGGGGAGGCUUCCUAGCCAUGUGUUGUUCUCACCAUCAGAGGAUAUUGGAUGUAUACAGCUUCAUAGCCAACUGGCUGGGAGACUUUUCAGGAAAUUGUAUCUUUUGUGAUUUACCUUAGUAGUGUGUUGACCGGCUACGUGUUGUUAUGUCCAGCUUCUAAUUCUAUGAAGCUGAACUUGACCAGUAACAUGGACUGCUGGACAGUGGGACCUUACUCUGAGAUUAUGUGAUAACUGUUAUUUCCUUUGGUAAUCAGCUGAGGUGAACCAGCAGGUAGUGGUAUGACUACUGUCACCAUGGAUACUCAUGGAUGACCUUGUGUGACCUUGAGGAUUGCCCAGGAUGACCCUGUGACUACAGGAAAGACUACUGUGUUGUACCCACCUCGGACCUAAUAUUUAGACAAGAAACAUCCACAUUCCAACAUGACGGAUCACCAGGAUUUAAUCUCGGAGAUUGCCUCCGUGGAGAAGAUGCCCACGCAGGACAGACUUAAACAUGCAAAAAAACGCAGAUCCCAACAACUAAAAAAAUGGGCAAACUACGAAAAACAAAUUGAAAAGGACUCAAAACGUAAAAAAUCAAAAAGCCAGCAGAGGAGGAGUGGGAAUCGGGCUAGAGUGCGAUUUCCUGGCAAGAUAGUUCUCCUGGAGGCAGCAGCCAGGAAUGAUAUUGAUGACGUGCGGAGACUUUUGACCCAGGGAGUGAACCCUAACUCGACCAAUGAAGACGGACUAACAGCCCUUCACCAGUGUUGUAUAGAUGACAGUGAAGAGAUGCUGAAGCUUUUGUUGGAGUUUGGUGCCCUAGUGAAUGCCCAAGACAGUGAGAUGUGGACACCGCUACACGCUGCUGCCACCUGUGGGCACGUCCACCUCUGUAAACACCUCAUAGACAAAGGGGCGGAGCUGUUAGCAGUGAAUGCGGAUGGAAACAUGCCGUAUGACAUCUGUGAGGACGAAGUGACCUUGGACUACAUUGAGACAGAGAUGGCAAAGAGAGGCGUCACUCAGGAAGAAAUAGAUGACACAAGGUUGGUAGCGGAGAAGGAAAUGUUAAAAGAUAUGGAAUAUAUUGUCUCCCAAAAUGGCAACUUGGAGUAUUAUACAGAAAACGGCACAACUCCACUCCACAUUGCCGCUGCAAAUGGAUUCAUGCAAGUGGCAGAAUUCCUGUUGGAUCACCAUGUAUCUGUGGAUAUGCGAGACAGGGACUCGUGGCUACCAAUACAUGCCGCCGCAUGUUGGCUCCAGCCCGAGAUGAUAGAGCUACUUGUAAGGAAUGGUGCAGAUAUUGACUCUAAAGCCAAAAAUGGGGAGACACCUUUUGAUUUAUGUGAGGAUGCUGAAAUAAAACAGAAGAUUCUAGACAUGAAAGAUGAGAUAGAGAACAACAAAGCCAGUCGAUCUAAAGACAACGUCCGACGACAUAAACACAACACAAGAUCCUUUUCUAAUAGUUCCACCUCAGUAUAUAGUUCCAGUACCUCUCUGAGUGACAAACCACACAGUGCCUCCAUCAGGAGAAGUAGUAUGCGUGGAGAAAAGAAUCCGCUGUUUAUGAAAGAAGCCAAGGAGGAGGCAUUACAUUUCGGCUGGAGGAAGGAUAAUGAUGAGGAUAUUGUGGAAGAUGAAAAGGAAAACCUCCCGUCAACAAACAUUGAUGAUGUUCAACUUAUUAUUGAUGACGCGGAUGACAACAAGCGGAAACCUCAAUCCUUUGUGGAGACUUCACUUAAUGGAAAUACCGACACUGUGGAAUAUUCUCGUAAUCUUUCAGAUACGAUGGAUAAUCGCAAGCAACAGCACAGAAACAGUAAAUCGAAAUCACCUAAUGAAACAAAAACUGUGAAUCGAACUUCCACAGUAGACCGACCAUCAGCCUCUAACCCAACAGCCAAUCAGCAGCCAAGUCAGGAGUCAGGUCAAGGGUCAGUCCAACAGGGAGGUCCUGGGUUAACUAAAAAACACAGCUUUACAAGAAAGUCAGAACAAAGCCCACCGCAGAGGCAGAAGGCAGAACCAUUUGAAGAGGAGGAAGGUAUUGAAGAUAUUGAAGAGGAAAAGGAGGAUCAAUCUGCCCCAGAGUCAAAUGUCAGGUACCCUUCUGGGACACCCUCCAUUACUCUGGCAGACUUGAAAAAGCACCGGUCUGAGUCUCGCAGUCGUGAGAACAGUACAAUUGACACACAGGUGCAGAAUCUGUUCCUCAGCGGCCUCAACAGUAACAGCAAGAAAUACAGCAGCUCCACACUGCCCAGGGAAGACAACUCUGACCAUCAUACUGACAGCAACGGCCAUAAUAACAAUAUGAAGUCUUAUCCAAACCACUCGGAAGGUAUACGGCGCUUCACUGCUCCUGGUCACUCGCCUGCUAUUGGGGGCGAUGAAAAACAGGGCUGUUGUGUCAUUUUGUGAUGCCUUUAGAGAUGUGUUAGAUUUUCUCUUAAAUAUGCAACAAACAAUGAAACUGCAGGAAGGGUAAAAUGUUCAAAUGGUUACCAUGAAUCCUCACCUCAGAAUCAUUACCCCGGGAAUCAUCAGUGUAGUUCUAUGUGAUAUCAAUCGCUAUUUGAUGUACUUGUAAAAGAAUAUUGAAGAGAUAUGGAAUUUGAAACAAAUUUAUUGCUCUACAUGUGUGUAUUACUGUGGAACGAUUUAACAAAAGUGGAUCAUGUAACAAUCAGAAUUCCACAAUGACAAAGAUUUCGUUAUACAGAAGUCAUGUCUGUUUUAACUGGAAACUGACACCUUAUAUCUUUCUCCAAGUAAAUUACUUCAUCAAGGCUAUUAGGUGAUCAUUAUAUUGAUUGAAAUAGAAACUCAACAUCAAAAUUACAUAAGUUAAGUAGCUAGGGGUUACAUCAUUUUCCAAACUACAACAGUUAGGUUACUAGGGGUUACAUCAUUAUCCAAGCUACAUCAGUUAGGUUACUAGGGGUUACAUCAUUAUCCAAACUACAUCAGUUAGGUAACUAGGCCAAACAUCAUUAUCAAAACUACAUCAGUUAGGUUACUAGGCCUAACAUCAUUAUCAAAACUACAUCAGUUUGGUUACUAGGGGUUACAUCAUUAUCCAAACUACAUCAGUUAUGCUACUAGGCCCAACAUCAUUAUCCAAACUACAUCAGUUUGGUUACUAGGGGAUUCAUCAUUAUCCAAACUACAUAAGUUAGGUUACCAGGGGUUACAUCAUUAUCAAAACUACAUAAGUCGCUAGGGGUUAGUUCAAUAUCCAAACUACAUAAGUUGCUAGGGGUUAGUUCAAUAUCCAGACUUCAUAAGUUAUUAAGGGUUAGUUCAAUAUACAGACUACAUAAGUUACUAGGAGUUAGUUCAAUAUACAGAACACAUAAGUUACUAGGAGUUAGUUCAAUAUACAGACUACAUAAGUUACUAAGGGUUAGUUCAAUAUACAGACUACAUAAGUUACUAAGGGUUAGUUCAAUAUACAGACUACAUAAGUUUCUAAGGCUUAGUUCAAUAUACAGACUACAUAAGUUACUAAGGGUUAGUUCAAUAUACAGACUACAUAAGUUACUGAGGGUUAGUUCAAUAUACAGACCACAUAAGUUACUAAGGGUUAGUUCAAUAUACAGAACACAUAAGUUACUAGGAGUUAGUUCAAUAUACAGACUACAUAAGUUACUAAGGGUUAGUUCAAUAUACAGACUACAUAAGUUACUAAGGGUUAGUUCAAUAUACAGACCACAUAAAUUACUUGAGGUUAGUUCAAUAUACAGACUACAUAAGUUACUAGGAGUUAA